UUUAUAAACUUUGUAAGGAAUAUCCUUCUUUGAGACCAUACAGAGUUUUCUCCUCUCAUAAAGCGUGUGCGAUGGACGGGAAAGGUUACGGUGAGGAAGAAAUUCAUCGUGCUGAAACCGGCGACCAGUGGGUGUGCCAGGAAGGUCAGUUCGUGCCUUUCCUUGAGACAACCACUACUUCUACCACCACCUCGGCAUCCAGCACUACUUCUACUACCACCUCGACAUUCAGCACUACCCCGGCACCCACUACCACCACAGCCUCGCACAUGACAUUCUGUGAACUGGUAAAGGGAGGCUAUAUAUACCUGGAGACCUCCGAGAUGACGUGGGACGAUGCGCGUGCCAGUUGUAGGGAGAGAGAUGGUGACCUUCUGGUGACCAAGGACUUCGAUGACCUGGAAGAGUACAUGGAGAACUUUGAUAUAACAGACGUGUGGAUAGGCGGCCGCGGCUUGCAGUGGCUGGACGGCACCAAUGUCACCAGCCACGAGUGGGCCGAGAGCGAACCCAAUGAUGACGAGGACGCCUGCAUCAAAGUGAAGCAUUACGACUCCCAUGUUUAUUUAUAUGACAAAAAAUGCUGCUCCACCUAUGAGUCCCUCUGCCACUUAGGGGCACACUAUCCUUAAGCUGGCGUCACACUUGACCGCUUUCGCUCAUGGCUUGCCAGGCGACGAGUAAUGCCGACCAGAUGAUCAACCUCACGAGCAAAGGCUGGCAGUUUUCUCCCCUUUUGGACAGAGAGCAUCUCGUAAAGUCCUAUGUAAACAAGAAAAAUAACUGCCCUCCCAAAAGUCUCCCCUUCAAUGAUAUAAUUAUCUAUCAUGUACAAUUCCUUAAUUUUACAUCGGUUAAUCGGAAGAG